AUGAGAGACUUCCUCACACGUGUAGGUGAUCCACGGAUCUCCUCCGUAAAGAUUAUAUGGAAAAGGCCAGAGGAGAGGGUUGAAGAGUGUGAUGCAUUUAAGGGAGAAUGGGUUUUAGAGGUCAUUUCUGAGAAAUUUGCUGUCAAGAAAAGUGGUGAUGCUUGGAGAGUUGUGGUAGACUCUUAUCUACCCGUGUUUCACCUCAUAGACACAAGACGUUCAAUCCCUUGGUCUAUGAAGCAAGUGCAAGAGCUUCUUGGAAUUGCUUCAACGUUUGAGCAAAUAGCUCAGCGUCUCUCUGCUUCAGUGAGAACAGUAUCCAAAGGUAUCUUAACGCAACAUAUCCUUCUUCUAGCAAACAACAUGCCUCGUUCAUGGAAUCUCCAGGGUUUUAGUGCUUUACAAGGCUCUGACCAAGUCAUUGGACAGCAAAGCAACCUUCGCAGAAGUAACUCUGAUAGUAAGUAUUGUGGUCCGUAA